UUUCCCUAAGUACGAAGUACCUUCGUUUUAUUUAUACGGUAUUCGAUAAGGCAAGAGUACGAUCGAACAUUUAGUUUUGUUUAAUUUUUUUUUGUAAAAUACUACAUAGUAAUGACACAAACGUUUUUGAUUAAACAUAAGUGGUGACAAAAAAAAAAGAAUUUGGGGGAAUGGGCGGAGUUUGCGCUUGUUGCAAUAUAAAGUUAAAGAAGUUGUUUUACGAAAAAUUUUGUUUCUGACGUUGCUCGAUUAAAUGUGCUCGAAGAAAUCGAAAGAUAAUUUUAUACAGCUCGAGGAAAAUUGAAAGUCGACGAAUAUAGGUUAAGAGAAUAGGAUUAGGAAAAGCGGCGAAAUCACAUCAUAAAUAAAGUGAAUGCGCACGCGGACAAUAACAUGGGUGAAGAAGCGAGGAAAACGCUUUAAAGGAAGAAAGAAGGAAAUGAGUCAACCGUUCUGAUUGGUCGAGGCGAAUAUUAUGGCUGCCGAUUGGCGCACGCACGUAUGCACACUAGAUUUCGAUGCACACACAAAUGCACGAACACGCGCGUGUAUCAGGAGCGUAGCAGUCGCUCGCGGCCGAGAAGAGUGAAAAGAGCGACAGAAACGGUCGGUCCGCGCGUUGCCUUGUAAGGCGGAGUUGGUGUGUGACGUCCGUGCGCGGAUGGCUCGAAGAACGCCGAUUUUCCUCAGCUUGUACAAGUAUUCUUGCUGAGCAGAGGAAAGAACCAGUGAAAGGAGAGUGCAAACCGGACCCAACGCCGACCGUCGACAUAACCGCGUAUACGUAAAAUCCGACAAUCCGUCAAGUUUAAAGCUGCCGAAGGCACUAUUUUCAUCAUCUCUAUAGUGUGUAUAGCAAACUAGAAACCGAUUAUUAGACGUAACGUGAGUGUUCUUGAACCAGCAAGGAAAUAUAAUAGUGAAAAAAGGAACGAGUGGAAAAGAGGGAAAUAGAAGUAAAAAAAGGAUAACGAAGGGCAUCGAAAGAGAAAAAGAGUGAGAGAUAAAGAAAGAGAGAGAUAAAGACAGCAAGAAAGGAGAAAAAAAGGGAAAAGUGAAAGAGCAAGCAAGCGAACGAAUAACCGAGGUCGAGAAAGAGCGAGGAAAAAGGAGAGAGAGAAAGAAAGAGAAAUAGAGACAGAGAAAGAGAGUGAGAGAGACCGGGAAAGAGAAGCAAGAACAAGUUAAAACGCCAAACGAUACGUAAGAGACAAAGGCCACGGCGGCAUAACCUCCAAGCCCAACCGUACGGCGCAUUACGAGGAUCUCGUAUCCUCAUAGAUCGCCUCGUAUUCUCAAGAAAUUUGGUACAUUAUUCAUGAAAGAUUCUAUUUUUGCAAAUGCAUGCCUGCUCGGGCUUCCAUAUGAAGUAUCGCACGAGUGAGAGAGAGAGAGAUAGAGCACGUGCGUGAAACAUAUUUUCCUUGAGAUACAGGAACCGUCAUAAAGCGAAAGAGCGGGACGGUUGUUUGUACAGUCGCGUUUUUUCGCGACACCUGGUAUACGAUAUACUUACAUUCGCGAGUGUUGUGUAAACGAAAUUCACUCUCUGCGACGGGAAAUACAAAGAAAAAAGAAAAAAAGGAAGGAAAAGAAAAAGAAAAAACGGCGGAUAAUAUUCUUAGUGCUGUAGUUUACAGUUGAUGGAUGAAACUGGCAGAAUGCUACAACACGGAGGAUCAGGUGUUGGUCUGAUGGGAGGAAACCAGGGCCAGGGGGCCCAAAAUACUGCCGGAUACGGUAGCAUGGGACCUGUAGAUGGAACUGCAACACAGGGACCGGAUCAGGCCGUUGAAGCUAGAAAACAGGAUAUCAGUGAAAUUCUCCAACAAAUAAUGAAUAUCACUGAUCAGAGCUUGGAUGAGGCGCAAGCGAGAAAACAUACUUUAAACUGUCACAGAAUGAAGCCAGCUCUAUUUUCGGUUUUGUGUGAAAUCAAGGAGAAAACAGUGCUGUCUUUAAGAAAUACUCAGGAAGAGGAACCACCCGACCCGCAGCUAAUGAGGUUGGACAACAUGUUGAUCGCGGAAGGUGUCGCUGGCCCGGAAAAGGGCGGCGGAGCGGGAGCUGCGGCCUCUGCUGCGGCGGCAGCAGCGGCGGGUGGACCACCUGGACAACCUGACAACGCUAUCGAACACUCGGAUUAUAGAGCCAAGCUUGCCCAAAUUAGACAGAUUUAUCAUCAGGAAUUGGAGAAAUACGAACAGGCGUGUAACGAGUUCACGACCCACGUAAUGAACUUAUUGAGGGAACAAAGUCGUACCAGGCCAAUCACGCCAAAGGAAAUCGAGAGGAUGGUUCAGAUUAUUCACAAGAAAUUCUCCAGCAUCCAAAUGCAGCUUAAACAAUCGACUUGCGAAGCCGUGAUGAUUCUGAGGAGUCGAUUCCUCGAUGCAAGGCGCAAGAGACGGAAUUUCAGCAAACAAGCCUCCGAAAUUCUAAACGAAUACUUUUAUUCACACCUUAGUAAUCCGUAUCCGAGCGAGGAAGCGAAGGAAGAACUCGCACGAAAGUGUGGAAUCACCGUGAGUCAGGUUUCCAAUUGGUUCGGCAACAAGAGGAUACGCUACAAGAAAAACAUAGGUAAAGCACAGGAGGAGGCGAACUUGUACGCAGCCAAAAAGGCAGCUGCAGCUUUUGCAGGAGCGUCGCCGUACAGUAUGGGUGGCGCUAGCCAAGGCACCCCGACGCCGAUGAUGUCGCCGGCGCCACCCGGUGGACCACAAGACAUGGCCGGAUACGGAAUGGGCAUAAAUGGUAGUGACUAUGGUUCGCAGCCGUACAACGACGGCUCGAUGGGAUACGAUCCUAUGCACCAGGUAACCGUCACUUCUUUUGCCACGUAAAUUCACUUCUUCUUCGUAGCCAGCCAUCAUUACCUCGCUUUCUUCGAUAUCCUCUUGCAUUCUGUGAGCAUGUGCUAGAUAAAUCUUUGAUAACGCUUAGCCCCGAUAUCGAGAUAUCUUUUCUUCUUUUUCUUUUUCUUCUUUUUGGCUCGAAUGAAUGGAAAGAGACAACUAAAUUUUUGUUUUAAUUGUUUUAUUUUAAGUGCGAAUAAUCGUCGUAUUUGAGAGCGUUGGAACUCUGCUCUCGAUUUCCAUCCAUUUUCAAGCCAGCGCAUUGUCUUUCCAUAAAUGCAUGCGCAUCUCACUGCAUAUUCACACAUAUCGUGAGAAAGGACGUUUGGAUGGGGAGGAGAAUGAGAUAGUGAAGAGAAGUACGAGGGAGCGGAAGGAAACGGCAGUGAAUGGUGGUGGUGAAAGAAAAUUUGCGUUCACGCUUGUAUACAGAGGUGGUUCUACUUCGUACAAACUGAAAAUCUAAAAAAAAAAAAGAAAGAAAGUGUAAAUAUUAAUUAAGUAAUUAAAUAAUUAAAGCGUAUAUUAAGCAUGAUAUAUAAUUGAUAUACGAAGAUUUGGUAAUUACAAACUGAUGAUUUCUCUGUUAUUAUCGAUCGACCACUCUGUAUGUGGUGUUGAGCACGCGUGAAUGUCGUGUUAUGAUAGCUUGUAAUAAAGAAUCGCACGUGCGUUUGUAGGUGCAAGUAAAUGCGUGUUGUUGGAAUGUAUAGGGCUGGGUUGGAUAUGCUGUUGCUGGUUCGUAAAGAUGAGCUUAGAGGGA